GGAAGCGAGAAGCAUCUGCCUAUGUACCUACAUGUUUACAUGCAUUUAAUAACAACACUCUGUAAAUGUUAUCAUCAGAUUGUGUGCGAAAUCACUUCUGCUUCAAUGGCCAAGUUCAAUGUUACUUGGAGUUGCUGAGGGCAUCUGAGCAUGGCAAUCUCAAGGAAAUCUCCUCCAAGGGCCCAUUCUUCUAUGCUGCAUAUUUACUAAUUGGUCUGUGUUCGGCUGCAACUACCACCGCCGACUGAGACUUAUUAAAUUGCUAUUAGUGGCAACUUUGCUACGAAAAUAAGCAGGAUGGAGGAGGAUGAGUUGGUUGAAAAUGGACAGCUUCCUCUCACAAACGAAGAUGGAUGAUCAAUGGAAAUGAGAAUUUAAGAUUAUCCACUGAUAAGUACAUCAUGUAUGGCGAUGAUAGUUGAUAAUCUCUCGUAUUCAUACCUGACGAUGAGUUUAAAACUGGAUGGAAGGGUUUAAUGUGUGGAAAUUAUAAAUAUGGGUUUCAAAACAGAGCCAAUCGCUGGCAUUUGGACGAUUCUACACGUGUGCUGGGUUUUAAGCAGUGUCGUGAUUGUGAUAACGAGUGGAAGCGUGUCUCAAUGGUCACCAAACCUCGAACUCUUUGAAAUUAUCCCCUCCCCGGACAACACUACGGAACAAGUGCGUCCCGUUCCAAGGAGGAAGAACAGUGAGAUCGUUGUGGGAGAAGAUGUCGGCCCCCACAGCAGACUCGUCAUCAAGUGUAACGCCACAUUCCCCGUCCAGAUAGUUUACAUUGGUGCUGGUCGACCAGAGUUCACCACGUUCACAAAUGUGCAAUGGAAAGAAGACCCUCAAAUGCCUUUGACAUUCGAAGCUGAGGCAUCCCUUGGCCUCUUGGGGUUCCAAGGCGCACUACGCUCCGAAGAUACUGGAAAUUACACCUGUCGAAGUAUUCAAAAUGCCACGAUACACUCCUAUUUCUACAUUUAUGUGCCUGGCCCUUCUCUCUUCACACCGCCGGACGACUACAACUCGGAAAUCUAUUUUACGCCCAGAGACAAACAAGUCUGGAUCCCAUGCGCUGUUGCGAGCUCCAAAGCAGUCGUGUCCUUACAUAAAACCCUUGCCGGCAAGUUGCAGUGUCCCGAAAUUGGGAGGAACGUGGCUUCGUAUGAUCCUCACAAAGGCUUUCUUCUCAAUCUCAAAGACAGCAGUUUAAAAAAACCGGAAGGAAUUUAUCUCUGCAUUGGGAGCCAAAACAAUGAAAAUUUCAGAAUGAUGGAGUACAAACUCAUCCCGACCAACAACAAUCAGUCCGAGAGUGGAAAGCAUCCGUGUAGACCUUCACCUUGUGGGCAGAAGGCUGAAUGCAGCGUAAUUGAUGGUCACCCAGUCUGCUACUGCUUCCGAGGGUUGAGUGGAAAUCCAUACAGCGAAUGCAGUCCCAACAAAGACCGGUGUCACUCCAAUGCGGAAUGUUCUGGAGGGCAGUUUUGUGUGCAGGGGAAAUGCACCAACGACCCGUGUCAUCCGUCCCCCUGUGGCAGAGCAAAUUUUCCAGGAAGCACGUGCGUGUCGCAAGGGGGACGUCCAAGGUGUGCCUGUCAACUUGGGUACGACGGGAAGCCACCCUAUUGCCUCCGGAGGUGUCAGUUUCACGGGGAUUGUCCUCAAAAUGAAAUAUGUUCAAGGACUCACUGCCAAGACCCUUGUCCACAUCGAUGUGGAACAAAUGCAGAUUGUCACGUGGUUCAGUCUGGCUACAACAGAACCGCUCUUUGUACAUGUCCGCCAGGGCGGACUGGCGAUCCGGAAGAAAAUUGUUACGACAUUGGCACAGACCCUGACGAACAUAAAACUCACUGUCCUCUUGGAUUCAUUGGCCCAGGCCCACCAGAUUGUAGGAGGAAAGAAUGUUCCGAAAACUAUGACUGCCCACCCAACCACUACUGCACAUCUGACAAGCGAUGUGUUGACAGCGGUCCGGAUCAAUGUGGACGAAUUUGUGGGAUGAACGCGAUAUGUCAAUUGUCCCGCAGCAUCGGCAGCAGCAGCUCGAAACCAGUGUGCCAAUGUCCAAGUUGGACAACGGGAGAUCCGCUGGUGAGAUGUUUCAAUCUCACGACCACAACGACGACGAGCACCUCCCACCAACGUCCUCAAGACCCUUGCAACUCCAACCCAUGUCCGCACAACACUGUGUGUGAAGCGAAAUAUUUCUUGAGUAGGAAUGGUGCCAAGACGGAGGUGAAUUGCGUCUGUGCUCCGGGAACAGUUGGCCGGUCACCCAACUGUUUCCCGUCGUCAUCACCAACAUUCCCAACGUCAAUAGCUGUGCCGGUUUCUCCUCCUCAAUCUGAUCAGCGCCCAAUAAACGCACCGCCACACCAACAACCCAGCAGGCACUGUUUGGACGACCCCGAUUGUCCCCGUGGAUUCGAGUGUGUUGGUCGUGUUUGUAUUCCCGAAGAAGAAAAACCGCAGUGUAGACGACGCUGUGGUCUGAAUGCUAAAUGCAUCGGCACGCAAUGUGUUUGCCCCAAGAACACGGUGGGAGAUCCACAUGUCGCAUGUCGAGCAGAACGCACUCCUUGUCAGCCAUCCCCUUGUGCAAAUUUCGCCGAGUGUCGCGAGAUCAAUGGUCGGGCAGCUUGUCGAUGCAUUUUGGGCUACGAGGGCGAUGCUUUCACCCGCUGCGCGCCCAGUAGCAGUAGCGAUAACGACGGAAGGAGGGACCAGGAAGGCUUCAAUGGAGGAGGAGGAGGUCAGACAAGCGGGCGACCACAACAGAGUGGACCCCCAUUCACACCUGGCUUUGUUGAAGACGAGUACUAUAGUAUCCACUCACGAUUUCCUGGUUCAAGCAGACCACCAACGACAGCAGUACCACCGUCCUUCAAUAAUCAAGAUCCAUUUUCUUGGAGGGACAAUCAACCGCUGCAGAGUUCAGUCGGGGGAAAAGCUAUGAUAAAUCGUCGCGACGAGUGUGACAUGGGACGACCUGAGGACUGUGGUCCGCCCGACUACAAGUGUCGCAGAGGUCGAGAUGGUGUGGCCAGGUGCGUCUGCUCCUCUCACCGGUGCGGGUAUACGGCAGACUCUCCGAGACCCGAAGGUCUCCCAGAAGGUGUCAUCUAUGGGCGAUACUGUAAAGAAAAUCAAGAUUGUCGAUAUCCCGAAAUUUGCUCCAACGUCACCCUCAACUGUUACAAUCCGUGCGACUUUGACCACAGUCCGUGUGCUCACGUUGCAUUCUCAGAAUGUCGCGUGAUUGAGGCCCAAGCCCUGUGCACUUGUCGACGUGGUUACGUGGGCAGCCCGGCCAGUGGACUGGACUGUCGGAGAGACUUUGGCUCCUCCACUGAGCAGCAAAACAGUGUGAGUACGAGUGGGAGUGACAACCUCCCUGUCGUCCAUUGCGACUACGAGAAGGGGAUCGGCUGCGACACGAAGAGCGAGUGUCAGCUGGUGGAGGGGCGAGGUCAGUGCGUGUGUGGGACUGGACACUCGGGUGACUAUCCAGACUGUAGACUCCGAUGCAAGACAAACAGGGACUGCUUCAAUGCGCACGAGUGUUGGCGAGAUGAAUGUCGCGACCCGUGCGAGAGAGCGCCAUGUGGGAGCAACGCUUUCUGCAGAGUAAUUGAUCACAAGUCCACGUGCGAGUGCAAUCCCAAAUUCAUCGGGGAUCCAUGGGACGGUUGUCGCCCAAACCCUGACCAAAAGCAGAAAGGCUUUAACCUAAAGUGCGACGGGGCCAAGUGCAGUUUCUUCUAAUAUUAAAUAUUUAUUCUAGAAAAAUGAGAAAGCUUUGUCGUUAAUUUAUUUAUGAAACUGAGAUUACUCAAUAAAUUAUCAUACUUAUUUAUGCUUA